AUGCCACAACUCGUCUUCCACGGCAAGAAGACUGUUCCAAGCGGUAUCAAGCGCGACAGUUGGCGUCCCUACUUCUCAGUCCACUUUCCGCAAACCGAUAACGGCAAGCGGCUGGGUCUGUCCACGUACAGACGCCUGCGCGAGUUCUCUAUGCGGCGCCAACUAGACCCAGACUCGGGCUACCUGACUGUCAAACAAGAAGAUCUCGACGCGGAGGUGGGCCGCAAAGGGGACCCGCUGUCACUAAAACAAAAACACGAAGAAAACAUCCUCUGGAUUCGUGGCGUUGGCGAGCGCAUGAACUUAUGGCAGCGACAGCGCAAGCUCAUGAACCAGAAAGCCACAGCCGUUGCAGACGUAGCCUUUGCAUUGGAGCUCGUGAUGGACAAGCUAAAGUCCGGCGCCGAUCUUGACGCCGGCGAAAGUCUUGUGACAAAGACCGCCGGUCAGCUCGCCAACCGCGGAAGACGUGCUCAACGCACUUUGAAACACAAGCGGAGCUUAGAGGCGCAGAAGGCAGCAGAGCUCGAACAGCGAAGCGAUCUCGUCGACGGGGAGAGCUACCGCGAAGGUAACCUGCGUAUGGAUAAAUUCACCGCAGCGAUGGUUGCCCUCGAGCACGAUGGGGCCGUCGUUGCACGGGAGGAUAGAAAAGUCGUCGACAUGCUUGAGAUACCAGACCGGCAGCUGUCAGACACCUAUCAGACCGGCACAGGGGUGCAGAUCCUCUGGGCGGAUCUACGCGACGGCACGUUUGCGCCGAAGUGGCCGGAGGACGUGUUUCACGGAGAGCUGCAACCGAUGGCACUUCAUAAGAAACUGGUGACGCGAAAUAUUGUGAGUGAAUUCGAGGACGACGAUGAGGUGGGCCGGCAGCAGCAGGAGGCGUUUGUGAUUUCGGGCCGGAACAUCCACGUGCAUGGCAGGCAAUUGUUUCGCACAAACGAUAACCCGAGUGGUAUGCCGAAAGGCCCGUUCGACGAGGAGCGCAGUCUCGGCUGGAAUGAAAGAGAAGUGCAAAGGAAGGAGAUGCAGCAUUUCAGAAAACUGGUCAAAGAGAUCGAGGCGCUGACCCGACCCACGCCUCUGAGGUUUUCCGAGCCAGGCUCGGCGACUGCGCAGAACCCACAGGAAGCGGCUAUCAGCUCCAAUGCCUCAAGCCUUCUCAUGGCCGACAAAACAGCCGACGAAGCAGCCGAGGAACCGACGUCGAGCAACGAGACCAGCCUGAAGGCCAUUGAAGCUGCAGACCCUGACGGCUACACUGUGGCAUCCGAGUUCGUCGCUCAACACAGGCAGAAAAAUGCGGAGGUCGCGGCGAUCAGGGCGGCAAAAGUCGAGGCUGCUGCUGCACGUCGAGAGCGAGCCAAGCUACAGCGCCUUGGUGCGGAGAACAGCGAUGGUACCAUGGAAAGCCGCAAAGAGGAUGGAAGUGGAACCAUCGUUCAAGUAGACAGCGAGGAAGGAAAGCAGGGAGAAUACGAAGUCGAGACCGUGCAGAAGAAGCGCCGUUGGGAGACCGAGUCCGAGGCUGUGCAGCGAUUGAUGCAGCUCAGAGAGAGACGGCGCCGAGGCGGAGCGCUUGUUUAUGAAGGGGAGCCGUAUGACUCGGAUCUGUCAUCGGAAGCAUCACCAUCUAUUGAUUCAAGUGGCGUGGUUGUGCCGCAGUCCAGAGGAUUCAUGGCGACCGUGAAGGGCUGGCUGGGCCGAUCUUAA